GUUUCAGUGUUUUCACAGCAGCGCGCGCCCGUACUGCAGAGGGUGCUGGCCCAAACGUGGGUUGGCUGUGAACCCCGCGCGAGAAGCACCGGCCACAACUUCCUGAGUUCGCUACGAGGACUGCACGCUUCCAUCCGGUGUGUAAUGAGUCACAACAUGAAGCAGAAACAAGAAGAAAUCCAAGAGAAUGUAAAGGUAUGUGAUGCAAUCACUUUCAGCUGUUGUAGAAAGCAGUGUAGUCCUGUUCCAAGAAGAACUCUGAAGAUGAUUCAGCCUUCUACGGCUGGAUCUCUAGUUGGAAGAGAAAAUGAGUUGGUUAAAGGCUUGUCCAAACAGAAACAUUGGAAUGACCAGUUAAUAUCUAAGACUUCCAGCUCUGGAGUUGUUACUGACCAAGAAUGUAGUAAAAGUAAAACUCUUGGAGGAGUCAGCCAAGAAGCAUUUGAUCUUAUGAUCACAGAAAAUCCAUCCCCUCACUAUUGGAAAGAAGUGGCAGAAAAACGGAGGAAGGCUCUCUAUGAGGCACUUAAGGAAAAUGAGAAACUUCAUAAAGAGAUUGAACAAAAGGACAAUGAAAUUGCCCGCCUGAAGGAGGAGAAUAAGGAACUGGCAGAAGUAGCAGAACACGUUCAGUAUAUGGCAGAGAUGAUACAGAGGCUGAGUCAUGAACCUCUGGACAACCUUGAAUCACCGUAUAGUCAGGAAUUGGAUCCUGAACAGGCAACUGCUGAGGAUUCUGAGUGAAGUAGAAGACUCAGAAAUUGGUGGUACAUGUGCUGAAGAAGUCGUCUCUUCCUCUACAGAUGUAAAACCGAGUAUAUGAAAUUCAGUAACUGCCGAAGUUUACCUCCACUGUAGUUCUUUGUAGCAGUGCAAAUAA